AUGGCUCGUGCGGCCGUCGUCGCCAUGCUCGCCGUCGCUGUGCUCUUGGCCUGCUUGCCGCCCGCCGCCGCCUCGUCCUACCGGGGAGCGGCUGCAUUGCGACAGCUCGAGACGGCGGCGCCGAUGGACACCGCGCAGGGCUUGCGGGAGAAGGCGGACGUGGCCAAGGGGAAGCAGCAUCUACCUAUAAACUAUCAUCAAAACCUUGUGUUUGGCAUGCCAAUUAGAGAAAGGGAAUACAACGCAAUUCAUAAUAAGGGUGUACAAUGA